AUGUUUGGCUCCAAGAUAUUCGCGGUUGCUGCGCUUGCGUUGGGUGUCGUCGGUCACGAAACUACCUGUCCAGCGCCAACUACCGUCACCAUCACCGUCACGCACUCUAUUACCCGGCCUGGACCGCCACCAACGCCUCCUCCUGCUGAAUCGGUCGUAGCGCCUAGCCCGAGCAGCGUUGUCAGUACCACUAGCGCUGUAACGCCCCAUGAGCCUACUCCUACUUCAGAGACUGCUGCACCCUCUGGCCCGGCUCCAAGUAUUGCUCCAUCAGCGCCACUCGAGAGUUCCCCCGCCGCCUCUGGUGCUACUACUGUUCCUGUCGUCGUCGCGCCGUCCACCGUUGUGCCGUCCGCCUCAUCAACCAUCGAAGCCCCACCAGCUUCAAGUCCUGCUCUCCCAGAGGUUACUACGAAUGCAGCUGCUAUUGCUGCGCCCUUGACUGGCCUGGCCUCGCUCUUCGCUAUUGGCGCUGCAGCCCUAGUUGCCUUCGUCUGA